AUGUCUGAAGCCAAGGCCCAAACCGAACUGCACGACUUCCCCUCGCUCUUCUCCCUCAAGGGCAAGGUCGCCGUCGUCACUGGUGGCUCCCGUGGCCUCGGCCUGCACGCCGCCUCUGCCUUGCUCCAGGCUGGCGCCUCCAAGGUCUUCAUCUCCUCCCGCAAGGCCAAGGCCUGCGAGGAGGCCGUCGCCGCCCUCAACGCCCUGCCUAACCUUGCGCCCGGCGCAAAAGCCAUCUCCGUCCCUGCCGACUCGGGCAACAUCGAGGGCAUCAAGAGCCUCUUUGAACAGGUCAAGAAGCACACCGACCGCGUCGACAUCCUCUUCGCCAACGCCGGCGCUACCUGGGGCGCUCCCUUCGACACCCACCCCGACGAUGCCUUCGCCAAGGUCAUGGACCUGAAUGUCCGCGGCGUCUUCAACACAGUCCGUCUCUUUGCGCCGCUCCUCGAGAAGGGCGCUACUGGUGCCGACCCCUCGCGCGUCCUCAUCACUGCCAGUGUCGCUGGUCUUGGUAUCGGUACCGUCGGCAAGCAGGGCACCUAUGGCUACUCUGCCUCCAAGGCUGCCGUUAUCCACCUCGGCCGCAACUUGGCCAUUGAGCUUGGCCCUCGCCAUAUCACUGUCAACUCUAUCUGCCCCGGUUUCUUCCCUAGCAAGAUGUCCAACGGCCUCAUGGAGCUUUCUGGCGGCGCUGAUAAGCUCGGCGCUCAGAACCCUCUUGGUCGCCUGGGUCACCCUGAAGACAUUGCUGGUAUUGUUGUCUACCUUUCCAGCCGCGCUGGCGCGUAUGUCAACGGCGAGGCUAUUGCCCUCGACGGUGGUGCUCUGUGGUCUCGCGGCCAGAUGUCUGUCGAGUCUAAGCUGUAA